AUGUGGGGGCGGAGAGAGGAGGGACAUCCCAUCCUGCACAGGGCAGUUGAAACUCAAGAAGGAAACUGUCCAGGACUGUCCUCCCAGGCGAAAGGAACAAUUAGGGAAUUUCGCCUCCCCCUCGUCCCCCCCCAGAAGCAUCAGUAUAGUCCUGUGCGCUGGGGGGACGUCACUCCAGGACCCAGGAGACCAUGAACAUGUCAAAGAGAAAAGGGUUCUACAGACAGGAAGUAAACAAAACUGUCUGGGAGCUGCCCAGAAGAUACAUGUCCAUCAUCCCCGUGGGAUCUGGGGCUUAUGGCUCUGUCUGUUCAGCCAUAGAUAAGAAAACAGGCGAGAAAGUGGCCAUCAAGAAGCUGAGCCGCCCAUUCCAGUCUGAGAUCUUUGCCAAGAGAGCGUACAGAGAGCUCAUGCUGCUGAAACACAUGCAACACGAGAAUGUCAUUGGGUUGCUUGAUGUCUUCACUUCAGCCACCUCUUUCAGUGGAUUCCAAGACUUCUACCUGGUGAUGCCAUACAUGCGGACAGACUUACAAAAGAUCAUGGGACAUGAGUUCAGUGAUGAAAAAAUCCAGUACCUGGUCUAUCAAAUGCUGAAAGGGUUGAAGUAUAUUCAUUCUGCUGGAAUCAUUCACAGGGACCUAAAGCCAGGCAAUCUGGCUGUGAAUGAAGACUGUGAACUAAAGAUCUUGGAUUUUGGCUUGGCAAGACAUGCAGAUUCUGAAAUGACGGGAUAUGUGGUGACACGUUGGUACAGAGCACCAGAAGUCAUUCUGAACUGGAUGCAUUACAAUCAGACUGUGGACAUCUGGUCUGUCGGAUGUAUCAUGGCAGAAAUGCUGACUGGGAAAACACUGUUUAAAGGAAAAGAUUAUCUAGAUCAGCUGACUCAGAUCCUGAAAGUAACAGGGCACCCAGGAGAGGAAUUUGUGGAGAAACUGGAGGACAAAGCGGCAAAAAGUUAUAUCCAGUCCCUCCCUAAGAUACCUAAAAUGGAUUUGUUUCGGCUUUUCCCGAAAGUCAAUCCUCUGGCAGUGGACUUGCUUGACAAGAUGUUACAGUUGGAUGUGGAAAAGCGUCUUACAGCCACAGAAGCUCUGGCCCACCCAUAUUUUGACCAGUUUAGAGACACAGAGGAGGAGACAGAGGCACAGCAGUCCUAUGAUGACACUCUGGAGCGUGAGAAGCUUUCAAUAGAUGAGUGGAAAAGGCAUAUUUACACUGAGAUUCUCUCCUUCAGUCCAAUUGCCCGGAAGGACUCCAAGAGGCGGAGUGGUAUGUCAUUGUCAUGACUGCAGUCACUGGAACACCUGCAGUUGGGGCUAACCUCCCCAUGCUGGAUCAUAAAGAGGAUGUCUGUUGGGAUCUGGACCACAUCCCAUCCAAGUCAAGAAAUACCUGGCCACCUGGAUCUUUUGUGUGUCCUGAACACAAAGAUAUUGACUGUGUGUUGGACUUUGUUCUGACUGAAGGGAACUGCACCUGAAACAUUGAACAGUACCAAAGAUGAAUGGCUUCUUUUAAAAUACCUACAUAGGAGAAUUUUGCCUGGUGCUUCUUGGUUUUCCUGCUCAUUCACAUUUUUUUCCAUUGACUCUCCAGUUGAUUUCAAGUGUUCUGAUAUUUCAGUGGUUCCUUCUCACUGUUCCCUCCAUUUACCACCCACUUCUUUUUCAGCACCCCUAAAAAAGCAGUUUGGACCCUUGUAGAUAAUCACUGGAAAUCAGGCAGGAGGAGCCUGGAAAACAGCCAGUGGUCCAUUGGUUAGAGAAGAACACAGGAAAUCAGGGCUCCUGGUCUCUAUUGAAAGCUUGGCCAGUGACUUGCCAGGGGAACUUAGGCAAGAAGCGGUCCCUAAUUCUGAGUCCCUUGAUUACUGGGUUUCCUAAUUUAGAUAGCUAGACCUAAAUGCAAGCACCUAAAUCAAAGUAACCUGAUUUUCAAAAAUGUUCUGAGAUCAUCUUCAACUUAAGAGUAUUAGAUCACUGCCAAGAAUAAUUACUGUAUCUCCAUCAAAUGAUGGUCUUAUUCUAUAAUAAACUACAUUGGUUUGUAACCAAUAUAAAAGUAUGUUUUGGUUUUUGAAGUAAUACCUUAUACAGAUGUAGUGACAAGAAUCGGUGUGUUAAAAUGAAUGUUUAACUAGUUAAAAUGCAGUUGGCAGCUGGCAGCAUGGAGGUACUGUCUUAGCUAUGUCAAAUGUUAUAAUGUAGCAACAAAAAUUGCAGGCAAGAGAACAGGUUCAGGUAUCCUUUGGUAAGUGUUUUAGUGCAGUAAUAGUUAUCAGUAUAGAAUAUCAAAAUGAAACUGAAUCAUUUUGGGGAGGGGAAGAGCAAAAGGCAACAGAACCAGGAAUGAUGACAUUCUGCUAAAUAGGUCAGAGACUUAUGCAAUUUAGCUUUGGCCAUGUCUGACUCUCCCUGCUAACUUCUAAUGCAGAGAAGUUGCUGAGAUGAUGUAGUCCUCCAGCCUAGUCACAGGAGUCCACCCCUUCUGGAAAUCAAAGGUAAAAAUAAAACCAAAACAAUCUAAUAUUCAACCCAGACUUUUGUUGACCCAUUCCUCCUCUCAGGGUCUCUCCUACAUGACCAUCUUUAGCUUUUUUCUUGGGCUCAGCUUCUAACCUUCAUAGGCUCCAAUCAGUCCCCUGUUCCUCAUGCUGACAUGGACAACUAUACCUCCUAACAAACUAGCAGUGCAGAGGGAAGGCACAUCCAUUUCUUCAGGUUCCCAGCACAGGAACCUUAAACAGAUUACUGUGUUUCCCCUAUGAGGUGAACUAUUCCAUCCAUCCUUUCCAGAUCCUUUUCUUAUGUGCUCAGCCUCCUCUCUGAUUCCUCUUAGGUGGUCUUUUUAAAUUUGGUAAUCCCUUCCUAGAGUCUUUCCACUGACUAACUACAGCCUGACCUUGUCUCCAAGCAAGCCUGGCCUAGACCCUUGUACUUUCAUUCCCUGUACCUGGACACAUGGGUUAAAACAGGCACAGGUGAGGCUGAGCCACAACCCUCUUAAGGGCCAGGUCUUCACAUAGUCCUAAGGGAGGUUUAACCUGAAUACAGUAGUACAAAAUACAGGGCACAUCUACACAUGCAAUUCAUGGGAAGCAAUAAACUCUGGUAUUUACUGCACCAGAGUUUAUUACUCCUAGGCAUGCCUUUGAAUGUGUGCCCAAGACUGCAGCACACUGAGCUGGGUCGGAGCAGCUCCAGCUGGCAGGGGACCCUGGAGAUCAGCCUGCCAGCCCAGGGCUGCUCCUGCCAGCUUAGUGUGCUGCGGAGGGGCUGGCUGGGGCACGAGAAUGCUUUUGUGCCAGACUAGCUGACAGGCAUCCCUGCACCCUUGAGCCCCAGCCUGCUGGGUCAGCAUCUACACGUGUGCUGCUGCACACUAAAAAACUCUGUAUUUGCAAGUAUUAUCCUGCUGCAGUUUAUUAGUUUCCUGUAGCCUAAUAGGGCCGAAUGUGCAGACACUGAGAUGUUUACUGUGGAGCUAAUUAGCCAGCUCAGCAGUAAACGUCUUGUGUAGAUGCAUCCCUUGAGAACCAAAUUUGUGAGACCAAGGACAGGUUCCCAGGUAAAAAAAGAGGAAGCUUCAUCACUUGGGGACAAAAUACUAGAAAAUAUAUCAGAGGAACAACCAGCAUAGCAAGGAAAUGAACUAAAUAAGCCUUCUCCGUUCUCUAUGAUCACUGUCCAUCUUGUAUAGAUGUUUUAGCCUGAAUGAACCUUUUCAGCAAGAAUUUUUAAAAAACGGCAAUUAAGAAGAGCAUAAAAAGUGGUAUAUCCCACAUGAAAAAGAUGAUAGUAUAAAGAUUUUUCUCCCUUGAAUCGGUUACAACUAUUUUAGACUCCCUUCAUGUAGGAUUUAGCAUGUCUCAUUUGUAUAAAUACAUUCAAAUAAAUUCAGUUUGCCAACCA